GGCCGCUUUCACAUUUCUCUCCCUUCCUCUCUCUCUCUCUUCUCUCUCUCUUUUUUCUUUCUGUCUUUUUAUCUGCCGCCUCCCCUCCUCUCCCCCCUCUUCCUACCUGAUUCACAGCCGCUCCGGCGCUAUGCGUGUGACCGCGUCUCUCUCUGCAAGGCGAGCACCACCGGAGAGCGCCUGCUGACCGCCGGCUGCCAGCACUAGCCUUACCCGGCAGACGAGGCUCCCAGGCGGGCACCGGGAGAAGGAGAGACACCGCAGCAGAGUGUCGUCCGGAGAAUAUCUCACAGCCGUUGAAUUCAUCCAUUCUUACCUGUUCUCCUUCUGCAAACCGGUCAUGGCUUCCAAACUAAACCCCAACGUCCUGUAUGUGUCUGGCCCUGGAGAGUCCCUGGGAUCCCCCCAAGCUGAUUCUGAAAGAACUCACAUUAUAGGAGAAGCUGCAGAAGAGUCUUCAGACAGCGACGGAGAACAAGACGAGACUUCACACAAGUUGAUCCGCAAAGUAUCAACGUCCGGACAGAUAAGGGCCAAGAAAAGUGUGAAGGAGGGAAUCCUGUUAAAACAGACCAGCUCCUUCCAAAGAUGGAAGAGGAGAUACUUCAAACUCAGAGGGAGGACUCUCUACUACGCCAAAGACUGCAAGUCCCUGAUCUUUGAUGAAGUGGACCUAUCAGACGCCAGCGUGGCUGAAACGAGCACCAAGAACAUCAACAACAGCUUCACAGUGAUCACCCCGUUCCGUAAAUUAAUGCUUUGUGCCGAAAACAGGAAGGAAAUGGAGGACUGGAUCACAGCGCUUAAGUCGGUUCAAAAAUGGGAAACCUAUGAAGCCAGUCAGUUCAACAUGGAGCAUUUCUCUGGGAUGCACAACUGGUACGCCUGCUCGCACGCAAGACCGACCUUCUGCAACGUCUGCAGGGAGGCCCUGCCAGGCGUCACCUCCCACGGCCUGUCCUGUGAAGUUUGCAAGUUCAAGGCUCAUAAGCGCUGUGCAGUUCGCUCCACCAACAACUGCAAAUGGACCACACUGGCCUCUAUAGGAAAUGAGAUUAUUGAGGAUGAGGAUGGGGUGUCUAUGCCACACCAGUGGCUGGAAGGCAACCUGCCUGUCAGUGCCAAAUGCGUGGUGUGUGACAAGAACUGUGGCAGCGUGCGGCGGCUGCAGGACUGGCGCUGCCUCUGGUGCAAGGCCAUCGUGCAUAGCAGCUGUAAAGAACAAAUGGGGAAGGUGUGUCCCCUGGGUCAAUGUCGAGUCUCAAUCAUUCCACCCACUGCACUUAACAGCAUCGACUCAGAUGGUUUCUGGAAGGCCACCUCUGGAUCCUGCGCCAGCCCCCUGCUCGUCCUGGUGAACUCCAAGAGCGGGGACAACCAGGGCGUCAAGUUCCUCCGCAAGUUCAAGCAGCUCCUGAACCCGGCUCAGGUCUUUGACCUAAUGAAUGGAGGACCGGAGCUGGGGCUGCGGCUCUUCCAGAAGUUUGUAACAUUUCGUAUUCUGGUGUGCGGGGGUGACGGCAGCGUGGGCUGGGUGCUCUCCGAGCUGGACAAGCUCAAUCUCCAUAAACAGUGUCAGCUGGGAGUUCUUCCCCUGGGAACGGGAAACGACCUGGCUCGCGUUCUGGGCUGGGGAGGCCUGUGUGACGACGACGCUCAGCUGCUGCAGAUCCUGGAGAAGCUGGAGAGAGCCACCACCAAAAUGCUGGACCGAUGGAGCGUGAUGACAUACGAGGUGCCCCCGACCGGUAAACAAACGCCGACAGGGAAGGAGGAUGACAGCCACGACUCUCCUCUGCAGGUCCACAUCACUCAGUAUGCAGACUCCGUGGCCUGCCACCUGGCCAAGAUCCUGGACUCAGACAAGCACAGCGACGUCAUCUCCUCUGCCAAGUUUCUGUGUGGGACGGUGAACGAUUUUGUGGCAGAGGUGGGGAAGGCGUACGAGAGAGCCACAGAGAACAAGGAGGAGGCAGAUGCUAUGGCCAAGAAGUGCGCACUGCUGAACGAGAAACUGGAUUCGCUGGUAAAGGCCUUAAGCGAGGAAGCAGAAGCUCAGGUGGUGCCUGCAGGUUCAGCACCCAGCCAGGAGAGCGGCAGCUCCAGCCCUGGCGAAAGCGGAGGAGAGUCAGGCUCAGAAGGCAAAACGUACCGAUCCAAAGAGCAGCUGAUGCUCCGAGCUAACAGCCUGAAGAAAGCCCUGAGGCAGAUCAUCGAACAGGCGGAGAAAGUGGUGGAUGAGCAGAACAAACACAGGCAGGUCCAGAGGAUGCCAUCUUCGUCAUCCAUCAAGAGGGAGAACAGUGAGGAGCUGAAGGAUGCUGAACAACGGGGGCUGAGUCCCACCUCACCCAUCGUCCUGGAGAAGCCAGAGAGCCUUAAUACGGUCACCUUCAGCGAGGAUACUGUUCAAUGCACAGAGAAGUGUGUGAUGAAUAACUACUUUGGCAUCGGACUGGACGCAAAAAUUUCCCUCGAGUUCAACAACAAGAGAGACGAACAUCCCAAGAAAUGCAGUAGUCGCACCAAAAACUUCAUGUGGUACGGAGUCCUGGGGACCAAAGAGCUGGUCCAGAAGACUUACAAGAACCUGGAGCAGAGAGUCCAGUUGGAGUGCGACGGCGUUCCCAUCUCCCUGCCGAGUCUGCAGGGCCUGGCUGUUCUCAACAUUCCCAGCUAUGCAGGAGGAAUCAACUUCUGGGGAGGAACUAAAGAGGACAAUAACUUUGGAGCUCCGUCGUUUGAUGAUAAGAAGCUGGAGGUGGUGGCCGUGUUUGGCAGCAUGCAGAUGGCGGUGUCCAGAGUCAUCAACCUGCAGCAUCAUCGCAUCGCUCAGUGCCGACAGGUGAAGAUCACCAUCCUGGGGGAGGAGGGGGUCCCCGUGCAGGUGGACGGCGAAGCCUGGAUCCAGCCUCCCGGCAUCGUGGAGAUCGUGCACAAGAACCGUGCUCAGAUGCUCACGAGAGACAGGGCGUUUGAAAGCACGCUGAAGUCAUGGGAGGAUAAGAGAAAGAUUGACAGCUACCGCGCCGCCAGGCCCCGCCUCAACUCCCAGCAGUCCAUGGAGUACCUCACUGAGGAGGAGUGCGCUCAGGUGCAGCAGCUGGGCAUUGUGGCUGAUACCCUCAUAAAUAAAAUCCGCGAGGCAGCGAAGACCCAUAAGCUGGUGGAGCAGGAGUUGGCUCACGCCGUGAACGCCACAGCCCUGGUGCUCACCGAGGCCAAAGUGUCCAGCAACGAGUGCCUGAGUCGCAGCACGGCGGUGGAAAUCGUCAACAGCAGUAAAGUCCUCCAGGCAGAGACCAGUAUGCUGCUCGAUGGGAAACUAUUGACUGAUUUUCCUGAGGAGGAAGAACUCCGUUUGACUCUGAAUAACCUUAGUGCCGAGCUCCUUAAGCUGGAUGACAUCCACUGGAUCUGUCCACUCAUGCAAUGCUCCGAGGAGGAUGCUGUGAGGAGCAGCAGUAAAAGCAGCAGCAGUAUGAAGCUGAAGAUUAUACCCAAAACAAAGAAAGAGAAGGAGAAGCUUCACAAACAGAAGUCCAACAGUUCACUCUCAGGAUCGUGGGAUAUUAAAGGCGGGGCAACUGAGGCUGAGUCCUAAGGAAGGCGAAUCCCUGCGUGAGCCGCUUUAUCACUCUCUAAAUGAGGGGUAUGGCCCCCUCCCUCCCUCCUCUCUAAUCAUUAAAGCCCUGUGGCUUUCAUAGAGGUGUCACAAACUGAAGAGAUUCAUUUCUUCCCUAUUUUUAAGCAUUUAGCUCCGUUUUAAUUCUUUGUAAUCUGUUAUUUUGCUGCAGACCAGCAGGUUAUUUUUAUCCAAUUUCUUAUUCUUUUUUUUUUUUAAAGGGCCUGUUUUUGGUGUGGCAUUGCUUUAAUGCUGCUGUUCUGCUUUUAUUUCUGAGUGCAGCCAGUAGCAAGUCAAAGGUGACAACCAUGCAGACUGGGAAAACAAAGGAAAUGUGUUUACGUGGUGCUCACCUUGCAUGGCAGGUGUAAACAUUAGUUUUUGUUAUAAGUUGUUACAAUCUAUUUUUUCUCUCUUUAGUUUAAUUAAUGAUGUUGAACUUCUGAAUAGCCUUUGGACUGCAUAUUUAUUUGUUUAGUGCUACUACCAUGUGAACUCCAACGGCAACGAAUCAACAAAAUGAACAAACUGAGAUGUCUCAGCGUUAUUGUCUACUGAACUGGAAAAUAUCAUAAAUGUUGCAAAAAAUAUACCGAGGAAUGUACUUGUGUGGACUUUUGAUAAUGACAAUGCUGUUCGGUUUGAUUUCACAGCGCUUCUAUUGUGGUUUUAAAGUGGUUCUUCAGUGGUCCUAGAAUUUUGCAGUAACGCUGCAAAAAUAACCUUUACCGCGAGUCAUUUCAUGGAGAACUCAGCCAUGUGACGGCAGGAUUAAAGAGUUUUAUUAUGUGGCUUUAUGUGGGAGUGAAAUCUCACCCUGCUGUGUGUGUUUUACACCGUUUUAAAGAACAGUUCCUGAUGAAAUGACUCAGACCGAUUAUUUCUGCGAUUGUCUGGUGAGGGCGUUUACAGAAGGAGGAAGAAUCAAGGACACUUUGAAAAAAUAAAAAAAAACAUAGCAGCUUCUCAGUUUGUUGCUCUUACUUUGUCAUACUACAUGAUUGUAUAUGAAACAUAGGGAUAAGUACUAAUAUGUAUUUGAUUUUUGCCUUGUCUGUGGUUAAAAGCUAUUAUUAUGAUUAUUAUUACAAAUAUAUAUCUAUUUUUUGUACAUUUUAUUUUCCCACAUGGUGAUUUGUAAAGAGGUCCUGGCUUUGCUGCUUCCCCCUUUGAGAAGCUCCCAGGCAAUCAUAGAUAUAGAUGCUGUUCCGUGUCCCUGCAUGCAUGCCAAGCCUUUCUUCGCCUCACAGUGGAAAUUGCCUCAAAGUAGUGAAUUUGUGAACGGCAUUCCGGUAUCACAGUGCUUACAGAAAAUUUUGCAGGAGGUUUUAAUUUUAAACAUUGUUUUAGCUUGUAUGAACCAGAGCAUGGUUGUUGUUGGCCAUAGCCUUCAUGAUUAUCUUCCAAGAAUAAUAUAAGAUUUCUUUUUUAAUGAAAGAGUUGAUUUUGUUUAGUUUUCCAUCCCUUAUUAAACUAAAAUGAUAUGUUUAUACUACUCCUGUAACGAUAACCAUGAGUAUAACGGGUUAUUUAAUCAAACUAUUUGCUCGGGCUGCUAGCCUGAAUUUAGCAGGUUAGAGGUGCGUUCACAUCGAAUGUAUUCUGGGUCUUAAAGCAUCCGACUUGCAUGCAAAGUCUGUGGAAAACGGCGUUAUUACAGCACUGAAACAUUUUUAAUGAGCUAAGGAGAACCGUUUAUAAAUACCUAAAGCUAAAGUGUUUUCUAGCUUGUAACGACAGAACAGAGCAGAUAAACAAACAGUGCGUAGAACACGGAGCAUUUGACCCAGCAUCCAAGUUUUUGACACCCAAAACCUGUUCGGCAUGAACGCAUUAGAGAUACGGCACAUAACCUGCCUGUUGUAGUUUAAAAUCCCAAAAAAACAUUAUAAGAUUGAUUAGCACUAGCCCAUAGUUCAGCACCAUUACUGCCCAUGUUUUUUUUUUUUCCAGCAGGGAAUACUUAUUGAAACUGAAAGAAAAGUGGGCAACAAGUGGUGGUGGGGCAAAACUUAAUUUAAGUCUAAAGCUACUGAAAAGCCUCUGCUGACUUAGAUUAUGUUAUUUUAAUAUUGUUUUAUGUUGAUUUCCUCGCAGAGUGCUAGCAGACCCUAAUGUUUAAUAGGAUUCAAUGUGUGUGGUUUUUACAUUAUAACCUAUAAAAACCCUAGCAAACCUUGCUAACAGCCUCCGACCAAUGCUAGAAAAACAAGCAGCCAAAUGCACUUCUUCAAAAAGCUAACGUAUAUAUUUUUUUGUUUUUAUGAAUAAUAUGAAAGCAGGCAAAAUUGCAGAACUUGGUUGCAGUUAAAUGCAAGAAAAAUCCACAGAUACAGGGCUGUAAAUGUUGUGAAGUAAACAGGCAGACAGAACAGUAUGCAAGUUAGCCUUCGUGUGUUGAGAUACAUAGCGGCUCAAUGCAGUUAGCUUGCUCAUAUUUACAAGCUAGCCUAAAUAUUAGCUUUAAACUAUUUGCAAAACUAGCCAAUUCGUUGUUUUUAGUUUAUUUUACUGAUUUCUGGAUUCAAAAAGCUAGUUUUAACUGCUAUGUUUUGUGCUUUUAGCAAACAAAUCUCAGUCAUUAGCCAUGCUACUAGCAUUUUAUAUUAUUGGAAAAUAUAGUUUCAGCACCAUGAUUGCCCAUGUUUUUUUGUUUGUUUUUUUCCAGCAGGGAAUACUUAUUGAAACUGAAAUAAAAGUGGGCAACAAGUGGGGGUGGGGCAAAACUUAAUUUAGGUCUAAAGCUACUGAAAAGCAUCUGCUGACUUAGAUUAUGUCAUUUUAAUAUUAUUUUAUGUUGAUUUCCUCUCAGAGUGCUAGCAGACCGUAAUAUUGAAUAGGUUUCAAUAGGUGUGUGGUUUUUACAUUAUAACCUAUAAAAACCCUGGCAAACCUUGCUAACAGUGUCCGACCAAUGCUAGAAAAACAAGCAGCUAAAUGCACUCUUACAAAUAGCUAAUAUAUAUAUUUUGUUGUUAUGAAAAAUAUGAAAACAGGCAAAAUUGCAGAAUUUGGUUGCAGUAAAAUGCUAUAAAAAUCCACAGAUACAGGGCUGAAAAUGUUGCAGACAGAAUGGUAUGCAAGUUAGCCGUCGUGUGCUGAGAUACAUAGCGGCUCAAUGCAGUUAGCUUGCUCAAAUUUACAAGCUAGCCUAAAUAUUAGCUUAAAACUAGUUGCAAAAUUAGCCGAUUCGUGGUUUUUAGUUUAUUUUACUGAUUUCUAGAUUCAAAAAGCUAGCUUGAACUGCUAUGUUUUGUGUUUUAAGCAAACAAAUCUCAUUUAUUAUCUAUGCUACUAGCAUUUUAUAGUUUUUGGACAAAAAAAAAAAAAAAAAUGUGACUUGAAAUCUUUUAUUUCUUCUGAUUCUUCAGACUUAACCCCUGAUGGGAUGUAGUCACUGUGAGGCGCUGUAGAUGUUCAGCUGUGGUAGGAUUGUGCUACUGUAUCCAUAGUGUGCCAGCUACACGCUCAAAACCUUAGAGGCUUUAGUGGUUGUUGUGCCAAGUCUGUGUUUUGGGUUUAGGAAGCGCGUGCAGGUGUGAGUGCGUUUUACGAAUGCGGUGUGUGCAAGCUUUUGAUGCGCUUCAGACGCGAAGGUUGUUGCGUGUCGUACAUUUCAAAGUUUACUGUAUCUUGCCUUGCACUUUACAAUGAAGCAAACUUAAUAGGAAAAAAAAAAAACAUUUGCAUAUGUGCGUGUGUGCGUUGAGAUUUUGAGUGUUUACAUGCAUUUUUUUUUUCAAAUUAAUUUGAUGAAAAUAUAUUUUAUUUAUGAUAUUGUAUAAAAUGUGCUGGUAAAAUGUAAUAUCUAACCUUAAUCAUAAAUCAUAUAUAAAUACAGAUGUAAAAACGGGUUUAUUACAUUGGUGGUUUUAAACUUAAAUGUGAUGAUGUCCUAUCGCACCUAUGGCAGUGUAAAAGAUGUUGAAAACUGUAAUUAUUUUGAAAAUCUUAAGUCAUCAUAUUGAAACUGUCCAGUGUUAUUUAUUGAUUACAAAUGACUCGUUUACACAACCGAGGUGUUGAGCCGGUGUCAGACCAAUCUUUGAGUGCUUUUUUCUGUCACUUUCAGUUCCAAUUAUAUGCUGUACUGAAAAAGAUGACAAAAACGUUGAGAUACGAAAGCCAUUUUGUAAAAACUAGUUGCCUGUUUAUUUUUUAAUAAUCAUUUAAUCGACUGCCUUUCGGAUUUGUUUAUGAAAGAUGAUUUGUCUUUUUUUCUAUAUUUUGUGUAAUUUGUUUUCAAAAUGCUGAAAUGUGAUUUUUUUUUGGACAAACUCUUCCAAGCGCUGAGCUGGAGCUGCGAUGACUGCAGAGGAAAUUGCUGAUUUGAAGCGUCUGACCGCGUUAGUGCAACAGCAUCGGACAGCCGUUAUGGAACAGUGACUGUACGCAGCGCGGGAAGCCGGACUAGAUGUUGCACGACUUUGUACAUUGCAAGGUGUUUUCGUGUGUUAUCAUGUGCAGUGUAUGACAAAGACAAAGUCAGUGCAACCCUCUGGAGAUUAAAUGAAUUAUUGAAGUGUGAAA